AAAAAGAAACAUGAGGUUUAUGCAACAAAUGUUCUUCUUACCAAAACGUUAAGUGAGUGUACGGCAUUAUUUAGACCUGAGGUUAUCUUUACAGGCAAUGUACAGAAAAUAUUCUGUACAACGAACAUACUGAACAAGGAAGAUUCUCAAAAGAAGAAGUUCCAACAGAAAAUAUUCUCACAACAAACUAAACGGCGAUGCUAGUUUUUGUCUCCAGUUAUGUCUCACGUGCUGGACUGGAUCAGGUGGCCGUAGUAAGCUUGGUCAACUAAAUUACAUGGACAACGAAAGAGCCAAUGAUUGCCGGCGGUGCAAUUUACCACUUUAGUCUCCACUAGCAUUAACAGGCCUAAAGUUCUCUUCUCAUGUAGGCAUACAUGACAAAAUUUUAGAAUAACCAUCAGAAACUCUUUGUACUGACAUGUGGCGACAUGUAUGGCUCUGCCAAGAGCUGCCUGGUUAAACAAGUUCCGCCAUUGGCUAAAUGGCGAAGCUCUGGUCGCCGUCGUCACCAUCAGCACUCUAGAUAAAGCAUAACAGAACAUCAUUAACUAGUACUGGGCAAUUGACCCAGUCCUAGCUAGUGAACAGAUUGUUCAGCAUCCCUGCGCAUAUAUGGACUUCCAUGAUUCUUCAGCAACUGACACUUCCCACUUCCUCAGAAGUCUCUGAGCAGAGCAGCUUAGCAAGAAUGGCAACCACACUGGUUGUACAGCUCGUGCUGCUGUUGCUACUGUCAGUGACACAAGCCUCAGCUCAGGAGGAGCAGCAGCCGCCUCGGCAGGUUGUGCGGCCAGGCUGCCAGGACAAGUGUGGCAACAUCACGAUCCCCUACCCCUUCGGCAUCGGUGCCGGUUGCUACCGCGACGAUGGCCGAGGUGGUUUCCAGCUUGAGUGUGAUGACUCCCUCCCGGUCCCGUGGCUUGCCGUAACUGGCUAUGGCGUCCAGAUCACCAACCUAUCCAUUGGGACCGGGGAGGCCUGGGCCUACAUCAACGUGACACGCCACUGCUACAACAGCAGCGGGAGCAUCAUCGGCCGUAAUGGCGCCACGCCCGUGCCACUCAUCAACAGCCACCUCCUCUUCUCCCAGGCGAGGAACCGCCUCGUCGCGCUUGGCUGCCCCAACCUUGGUUACUUCGUCGACACUGCUGGCUACUACGUCAGUGGUUGCAUGAGCGUGUGUGGUCCGUCAAAGUUCACCUUGCCAGGUUCAUGCACAGGCGUCGCCUGCUGCCAGAGCGGGAUACCCGCUGCUGUGGACUACUUCGAGCCAUACCUGCUCGACAUCCCAAAGGAGCAGACAGACCCAAUCUUCUAUAGCAACAGCACGACCUGCCGGUACGUGUUCUUGGUGGAGGCGGAAUGGUUGAAUACCAAAUACACUGGUGGGAGCCUCAACCGGACUGAUGACUUCGCCGUGCCCGUCGUGCUCGACUGGGCAGUCCGGAACGUUCGCAACUGCAAAGCUGCCAAGCGCAAUGCAACCGACUACGCGUGCCGGAGCAUGCUCAGCCAUUGCGUCAACUCCAAAAACAGCACAGGGUACCGGUGCAACUGCUCCAAGGGGUAUGAGGGCAACCCCUAUCUAGACGAUGGAUGCAAAGACAUCAACGAGUGUGAACGCAAAGGAAAACACACAUGCCACGGGGCCUGCACAAAUACGCCGGGAAGCUACACUUGCCAAUGUCCUCCUGGGACAAGUGGAGAUGCCACCAGGAAGGAUGGUUGCCGACCAAAGGACAGUUUCACUUUAGCCCUGAAAGUAGUUACAGGUAAACAGAUAAUCCUGCAAUUUUUGCCCCUUUGGUUGCUCCUGCAAUUUUACUGCUGGAAAACUAAUGGCUAUGCAACAUCGUACUCAGGAGUCAGCCUUGGAGUGUUCUUGCCAUUUUUCAUGUCCUUCUGGCUCUACUUGGGGCUCCAGAAGAGGAAGCUUAUCAGAACAAAGCAGAAGUUCUUUGAGGUAAAUGGAGGCCUCUUCCUGCAGCAGCAGAUACGUAACUACAAUGGCACCAGCAAAGGCACUGGUGGGUUCAAGAUCUUUUCCAAGGAAGAGUUGGAGAAAGCAACCAACGAGUUUGCCGCCGACCAAGUUCUUGGCCACGGCGGGCACGGCAUUGUCUACAAGGGUGUACUUGAGGACAAGACAAUAGUGGCGAUCAAGAAGUCAAAGAUGAUGGAAGAAGCCCCGACCACAGAAUUCGCGAGGGAGAUGUUCAUCCUCUCCCAGAUCAACCACAAGAAUGUCGUCAAGCUGCUCGGAUGCUGCCUCGAAGUGGAAGUGCCCAUGCUGGUCUACGAGUUCGUCUCAAAUGGUACCCUUUACCACUACAUCCAUGGCAGUAAGGGCCUUGACUCUGACGCAGCCCUCGACGCCUGUCUUCGGAUAGCAGUAGAGUCAGCCGAGGCACUGGCAUACAUGCACUCUUCAGCCUCGCCACCGAUUCUCCAUGGAGAUGUCAAGACGGCAAACAUUCUGUUGGAUCACAAGCUCACAGCAAAAGUUUCAGAUUUCGGAGCAUCAAAACUGGCACCAACUGAUGAGGCCAAGAUGGCAACGUUGGUGCAGGGAACUUGCGGUUACCUUGACCCGGAAUAUCUAAUGACAUGCCGGCUGACUGAUAAGAGUGAUGUGUACAGCUUUGGUGUCGUCCUAUUGGAGCUUCUGACAAGGAAGAAGGCACUGUACUUCGAUGGGCCAGAGGAAGAUAGAAGCCUUGUUUUAUGCUUCAUGAUGGCAGUGAAGGUAGGCCAGCACCAAGACCUUCUGGACAGCCAAGUGAGGGACGAGAUGAGAAUUGAAGCGCUCGAAGAGAUCACACACCUGGUUGUGAGAUGCUUGAACAUGAGUGGGGAGGAGCGGCCGACAAUGAAGGAGGUUGCAGAGACGUUGGAGAUGCUGAGGAGAUACCACAGCCACCCGUGGGCUCAAGCAGAUGCCAAUCCAGAGGAGGAACAGAGUUUGCUUGCUAUGGAACCACGGAAUGCUAAUUACAAGUUCACACAAGAUUGCGUCCUUGAUUUUGAAGCAAGCAGUACAUACAGCUAUAGCUUGUAGAUCAAAAUAUUUUGUUCCAUCUUUUCUGCAUAUCCUUUCAGAUAUGAGUUUUUUCGGAUGUAAGAAACAUAUGCACAUAUGGUGGUUGCAGAAAGGUGAACUAAACCCCUCACAGGUUGUAAAAUUCAGUUAAAUAUUAGAAUUGAUCUAAAUCAUAAUACGCAAAUAUGCCCAUUAGUUGGUUGAUGCUUUUCUUUUCUUUUCUUUUUAUUAAAAAGAUGUUAAAAGCAAUAGAAUGUAAAGAGAACCCGCAAUAAUUUAUUAGGAUGGAAAGAUUACAAAACUUAUACAAGGGAUUUGCAACUCAUCUUUUAUCCACUUAUUGAAUAGGCAACUACUACAGAAAAAAAAAUACUUAACUUCAUUUGCAGGCAACAUCCAAACUAAAACUA